AUGGAGUUCACUGGGAGGUUGUUAGUGCAGCUGGUGGUGUUGAUCUGUGUAGUUCAGCUAAGUCUGGCCCAGCACUGGUCCUAUGGCUGGCUGCCUGGAGGCAAGAGGAGCGUAGGAGAACUGGAGGCUACAUUCAGGAUGAUGGAUGCAGGAGAUGCCGCAGUGGUCGUGCCCGCUGAUGUCCCAAUACGACAACCAAUCAGACUGUAUGAAGAGGAAUCUGACGCGCUCUCUGCAAAGAGGAAGAGAAUGCUUCAUAAACGAAGACUUUUGUCACAAUCUUAA